CUCUCUCUCUCCCUCUCUCGCUCUAUCUCGCUCUCGACAGCGAAAACCUGAAGAAUCUCUCGCCCAUGGCGGCAAGCAAAGAAGAGGAGGAGCUUAAGGGGUCCGGCAAGAGGCUCAAAUGCUCCACGACCGGCCGAUACAAAGUAGUUGUGGAGGAUAUCAUGCCAUUUGAAGAAGAGGAAGGAAUGGAAGAUGACGACGAUGGUGGCGAUGAGCAGUUGGAGGAUAGCGAGCUCCCGCUGAAGCCCGGGCUCUCCUUCUACCCACUGACCCCCACGUCCUUCGUUGUGUCCGACGCCCUCGAGCCCGAUUUCCCCAUCAUUUACGUGAACACCGUCUUCGAGAGCUUCACCGGGUAUAGGGCCGACGAGGUUCUAGGUCGGAACUGCCGAUUCUUGCAAUAUAGAGAUCCUCGUGCUCAGAGACGGCAUCCUUUGGUUGACCCAGUGAUUGUUUCUGAAAUCAGACGAUGCCUUGAGCAAGGUCUUGAAUUUCAAGGCGAGCUCCUCAACUUCAGGAAGGAUGGCACUCCUUUGGUGAAUAGGUUAAAGCUGGCUCCAAUACACGAUGAUGAUGGAAUAGUCACGCAUGUAAUAGGCAUUCAAAUGUUUUCUGAAGCAAAAAUUGAUCUGAACUGCAUAUCUUAUCCUGUUUUCAAGGAGACCUACAACAACGAGUGUGAGCAGAUGAGUGUAUACACUCGAAAAGAUGGGCCAUUGCCUUUUGUACAGCAUCAAGAAAUGUGUGGGAUACUUCAACUUUCUGAUGAAGUUUUAGCGCACAAUAUUUUGUCACGGCUAACACCAAGGGACGUGGCAUCGAUUGGAUCUGUCUGCAGAAGGAUUCGCCACCUAACGAAGAAUGAGCAUCUAAGGAAGAUGGUUUGUCAAAAUGCAUGGGGAAGAGACGUCACAGGCGCUUUGGAAAGGAUGACUGAGAAAUUAGGCUGGGGGCGUUUGGCUAGGGAAUUGACGACUCUGGAGGCUGUUUGCUGGAGGAAAUUGACGGUUGGAGGAGCGGUGGAACCUUCAAGGUGCAACUUCAGUGCUUGUGCUGCAGGGAAUCGGCUUGUGCUGUUUGGAGGUGAAGGGGUUAACAUGCAGCCGAUGGAUGAUACAUUUGUGCUCAACCUCGAUGCUGCAAAUCCAGAGUGGAGACGUGUGAGCGUGGAAUCGUCUCCCCCAGGCCGGUGGGGCCACACACUUUCGUGCCUCAAUGGAUCAUGGUUAGUGGUGUUUGGAGGUUGUGGGAGGGAAGGAUUGCUCAACGACGUGUUUGUGCUGGAUUUGGAUGCAAAACAGCCGACUUGGAAAGAAGUCUUUGGUGGGACCCCGCCUCUUCCUAGAUCUUGGCACAGCUCUUGCACUGUGGAGGGUUCUAAGCUGGUUGUCUCUGGUGGUUGCACCGAUGCUGGAGUACUCCUCAGCGACACUUACUUAUUGGAUCUCACCACAGACAAGCCUACAUGGAAGGAGGUCCCUACGUCUUGGGCUCCACCGUCAAGAUUGGGACAUUCUCUCUCGGUUUAUGGGAGGACAAAGCUCCUCAUGUUUGGCGGGCUGGCGAAAAGUGGGCAUUUGAGGCUGCGAUCGGGUGAGACCUACACCAUUGACUUGGACGAUGAAGAGCCGCGAUGGAGACAGUUGGAGUGCAGUGCAUUGACAGGCAUCGGCAGUCAAAGCGCUGUGGUCCCACCUCCUAGACUGGACCAUGUGGCGGUCAGCAUGCCUUGUGGUCGGAUUUUGAUAUUUGGUGGUUCUAUAGCAGGCUUGCACUCACCAUCUCAAGUCUUCCUAUUGGAUCCUUCCGAAGAGAAGCCAUCUUGGAGGAUUCUUAAUGCUCCAGGACAGCCGCCGAAGUACGCAUGGGGACACAGUACCUGUGUUGUUGGAGGCACGCGAGUUCUGGUAUUAGGCGGUCAUACUGGGGAAGAGUGGAUCCUGAAUGAAUUGCAUGAACUGUGCUUGGCGAGCAGGCAAGAUAUGGAUGCUGUUUCAGAUGUGUAAUUUUCGACAAGACGCUUUGAGUUUCUUGGUUUGCUCUGAGUCCUGCAAGAGAGUUUUUGAGCGUGCUGCUAUCCUCUCUCCCUUUCCAUCCCUCACCAGUUACUUUUCCUGGUAAUGUAAAUUGGUGGCUUUAUCUGAAGCUUGUCAUCUUUUUCCUCGACAUGUUUGUGUAAAAUUUGCCUUGUUCACUAGGUGACUCUUUGUACAUUAUGCGGAUUGAUGGUGAACAUGCUAUUACUUGUUUGAGAGA